GCUUGGGAAAAAAUGAUUUGUAAAGAUAUAAAUAUAUGUACAUUUCGAAUGUAUUCGAGUAAUAAGAAUGAAUCCAGCGUGCAGAUUGAACCUGGAGAGUAAGGAAUGCCAGGAGUGGAUGAACGAGGUCUGUGCCCACUGCGCCCACCUGCUGCCCGGUGUGGAGGAGGCGGAUCUCUGGGACAAGUGGUGGUCGGACGAGCUGCCCACUCCUUUCAAGCCCCGAGUCGAUCUAAUGUCCGCCUACGACUGCCACAAGCUGCGCAAAGAGGUUGCCCGCCAGGUGACGGCUAGAGCAGAUCGGGAAUGUGAUUGCCAUGCUGUGUGCCCUGAAAAUGCUCUGCGAUGGAAUACGUCGUUGGUCGGGCAGCAGGAAUUGCGUUCCCACAAAAAAGAAGAAAGCCGAAGAGAAACCUCCGCCACCGCCUCCUCCUGCAGAUGUGGAGACCCCGCCACCCCGCCAAAAGGACGCCUGCAAGCCAGCCAAGCAGCCCAAGGCGUUCAUCUCCUUCGGCCGGACCACCGACCCACGCACACGUUUCGGUCCCUACAAGCACCAGAAGCUGCUCCAAACCGCCACCAUCCCGGAAUGCCAGCCGCCGGAGUCCUAGCGGAGUCCGGAGUCCGCCAGGUCGCCAUCGAUAUCGACAUCGCCAUCGACAUCACCCAAAGCGAUGGAGCGGCACGUCGAGCGGCAAUCGGCGAAAAACAAAUCGGCCACAAAAUAAGCGGCGAGGGAGCGCUGGCCAAAAAAUCGAAAACAAAUUCGAAGGCUGCCGGAGCUGUGCUCAAUCGCGGAUAAGAUUUAUGAAAUGUGUUCCGCCCCGAUUUGUUCUCUUUUUCCCGGUUCGCCUUUAGUCCUUUUCGGUUUCCUUUUUUAUGUUGCCGCGCUGCACGAAACACAAAAACAAAUAAAUAUUCAGACGUUGCCACAGUGGCUCUGAAAACGGCUAAAAUGUUUAUAAAUAUUUCGACUUGUGAGAUAUUAAAGUAUUUUACUCACUAAA